AUGAACAGUGACGUUCUCAUGAUGCUUUUCAUUCUGCAAAUCAAGAACAUUGUUCAACAGAAAGAGCAGUCGACCAUGACUUCGCCAGUACCUAGAGAGCAGCCCUUUGGCAACAAACGCUUUGCAGACUUUGAUCUUGCGGGAAAGACUUUCAUUGUUACUGGAGGUGCUAGAGGACUGGGGCUGGCCAUUGCGGAAGCUCUCGUGGAAGCGGGCGGCAAAGUUUACUGCUUUGAUAUCCAAGAAAAGCCCGAUGAUGAAUGGGAGGAAGCCCAGCGCCGAGUCGUCCCCGAAUGGGGCGGGCAGCUGGUGUACUGCCAGCAAGACGUCCGGGACGCGAAGCUCCUGGAGCAACGCAUCUCGCAAAUCGCCGACGAAAACGGGCAGCUCAACGGCGUCGUCGCCGCGGCGGCCUUUAUCCAGACGACGCCGGCGCUCGACUACUCGGUGGACGACAUUUCGAGCAUGCUGGCGACCAACUACACGUCCGUCUUCGUGACGGCGCAGGCGUCGGCCAAGGCCAUGAUGAAGCACAAGACGCGCGGGGCCAGCAUCUGCAUGGUCGCAAGCAUGUCGGGUCUAGUGGCCAACAAGGGCAUGCGGUCGCCCGUGUACAACUCGUCCAAGGCGGCCGUGAUCCAGCUGGCCCGCAGCCUGGCCAUGGAAUGGAGCCCGCUCAGGGAAGACGGCUCCGGCGGCAUCCGUGUCAACUGUCUCAGCCCUGGGCACAUUGAGACGCCCAUGGUCCUGGAGCUCUUUGAAAAGGACCCCGGGAUGAAGAAGAAAUGGAUCGCCGAGAACAUGAUGGGCCGGCUUGCGACGACGGGCGAGUUUAAGGGAGCAGCGCUGUUUUUGAUGAGCAGCGCCAGCAGCUUCAUGACGGGGAACAAUCUGGUCAUUGAUGGAGGCCAUACAGCGUGGUAG